UUUCAACUCUCUCUUCCAAUCAACUUUGAUAACAAAUCUCCUACGUCGUUCCUCAUGCCACCGAAACAAUUCGCACGUCGUGGUGGUGGAGGAAGUGGUUUUGCCAAAGUCUCGUUCCCAAAGAAGCGCUCGUCCCCCGAUUCCGAGGACGCAGAUUCGCGCCCCAACAAGAAGUCAAAAGGACAAACGAAAGAUGAGAUCGUCCCUUUAGUUCCAAAAAUUGAAGUCGACGAUGAUGAAAACAAAUUCGUUGCUAUCAAAGCGAAUGGCACCCGACGCGUCACAGUUAGCGACUUCAAGGGCAAGACGCUAGUCAGUAUUCGCGAGUACUAUGAAGAUGCUGGCGGUGACAUGAAGCCUGGCAAGAAGGGUAUCGCUCUUACCAUUGACCAAUACAACGCCUUCCUCGCCGCCGCGCCGCUCCUCGAAUCCGUGCUCAUCAAGCGUAAAGAAACUGUCGCGCGUCCCGAAUACAAUGGACAGUCCGCGGUCGAUAAAGACGCCGGCGGUGAGGACGAGGAAGAAGUGAACGAGGAUGAGGAUGAAGAGGAGUGA